AUGUCUGGCGAGAGCAGCCCUUUGUCGGACAACACUCCAAUGGAUUCUCCGAUGUCAGAAGCGGUCGAUUCUCCGUCAUCGCUCGCAGAACUGCAAACGGAAGAGCAGCGCAAAGUACUCGACACUAUCGCUCGAGUCCGAAAAUGCGGCUUGGAAGGUACAAUUUCAUUGCCUCAAAUAGUCGUAUGCGGUGAUCAAUCCGCGGGGAAGAGCUCCGUUCUUGAAGCACUCACUGAGAUCCCAUUCCCCAGGAAUGAUCUUCUGUGCACUCGCUAUGCUACGGAAAUCAUGCUUCGAAAUGCUGCUGAGGAUUCAAUCACAAUUAGAGUCAUUCCAGAUUCUAACCGCCCAUCAGCUGAACAAGCUAGCAUCAAGCUCUUUGAAAAGUCCAUUACCAACUUCGACGAUCUCCCAACUAUCAUGGAUGAUGCAAUGGCGAUUAUGGGGAUUGGGGUUCUCGAUGCCACUGAUGGUAACGCUAAACCUCCUGCGUUUGCCCGAGACGUCCUCAGCGUUGAGUACGCUGGUCCUGAUCGACCACAACUUACUCUCGUGGACAUACCCGGAUUGAUUGGAGCUGAGACCAAAGCCACCACGAAGAUGGACAUCACCCUUGUUGCUGAGAUCACCAAUCACUAUAUCAAGCAACCUCGAACAAUUUGUCUCGCAGUAGUGUCUGCUGGUACGGAUUACGCCAAUCAAUCUAUUCUUGAUAGGGUCAGAGAGGUUGAUCCGGAAGGAGAGCGUACUUUGGGUGUCAUUACUAAGCCCGAUCUUCCUGAUGAUGGAUCCGGUCACCAGGCUGGCUAUAUUGACCUGGCGAAGAACAGAGAUAUAUUCUUCAAGUUAGGAUGGCACGUCGUGAAAAAUCGCGCAUGGAAGGAGAAGGAUGCCACCCUUACUGAGCGGAAGAUGGCUGAAGACACUUUCUUUAGAACAACCAACUGGAGAGAGCUACCUAAGGAGUGCGUUGGUAUUGAUGCGCUUCGACGCCGACUGAGUAUUCUUCUCUUUGAACAUGUGAAGAAGGAACUCCCCAGCCUUCGGGAGGAGCUCGAGGACAAGCUGGUAGAGACUCAGGGACAACUUGAGCAGCUUGGAGACCCACGAUCCUCUGGAGAAGAGUGCAAGACUUAUUUGUCCGGUCUCAGUCUUGAAGUCUGGCAAACAUGCAGAGCGGCUAUUGAUGGCCAUUAUGAAGGAGGAUAUUUCCAUCAUGAUGUUGAUCCACAGUUUUCGAUUACAUCUCCUUCUACGCUUCGCCGGACUCGAGCGGUUAUCCAGUUGCUCAAUUCAAAGUUUGCCGAGGACAUUCGUUUGAAAGGUCACAAAUAUCAAAUCCACAUGGACAGUGGUAAUGACGACGCAUCUCCCGCGGAGUCUAUGUCUUUCGGUAGCAAGUUAUCCGCUUCGCCAAAGAAGCUCAAUAAACAAGCAGCUCUUGAUUGGGUUCGCGACGUCCUCGUCCGCACUCGGGGGAAGGAACUCAUAGGGAACUUCAACCCUCUAGUCAUCGGUGAUCUUUUCUGGGAGUUGUCCGAGAAAUGGGAUCGUCUCGCACAUACUCAUGUCGACCAAGUCGCUACAGCCUGUCAAAAUUUCCUGAAGAACUUGCUUACGGACAAGUGUCCAGAAGAUGUUGAACGACGCAUCUGGAACACUAAGAUCGCUGAUGAAUUGAAGAAACGCCACGCCGCUGCUCGAGCAGAAUUGAAAUUGAUCAUGAACGACCACAAGAAUUACCCAAUCAACUAUAAUCAUUAUUACACUGACACAAUCACCAAGCGUCGACAAGACAGACAGCAAAAGGAAUUAACUAAACACAUCGAAGAUGCUACCACUCAAGACUACAACAAGCAAGGCUUCCAGGUAGUUAGCAAAAUCAACGUUGAGCAGGUUGUCACGGCAUACAACAAAAAAGUCGAUCCCAACAUGGAUAACUUCAGUUGCGAAGAAGCUCUUGACUGUCUCUUCUCUAUUUACAAAGUCGAGCAAAAAACCUUCGUCGCAAACGUCACCGUGCAAGUAGUCGAGCGUCACAUCGUCCACGGCCUCGAAACCAUAUUCGAUCCCCUUUACGUUAAUUGUCUUACACCUACUCAGGCCGAGAUGUUGGCUUCGGAGCCGGCGGCUUCGAAGAGAUUGCGGGAAAGACUGACGGAUCAGAUUCGAAAGUUGGAUGAGGGGAGCGAGAUUUUUAGGAAUGUGUUGUAG